CUUGCACAUAUAAAAACAUUAUGUCCGACCAUUGACAUCAAUCAACACUUGGUUUCUAACAAACACACACAAAAUGUUCAGCAAAAUCGUAGCUUUCGGCGCUCUGGUGGCGGCGGCCAAUGCUGGUCUUCUGGCCGGACACGGCGGACUCGUGACUUCCCAAAGCGUGGUUCACCACGGUGGUUAUGCUGCUGCUCCCCUUGCCCACGCUGCCCCUCUUGCCCACGCCGCUCCUCUUGCCCAUGCCGCUCCACUUGCCCACGCCGCCCCAGUUGCCUACACCUCCGGUCAUGACUAUUACUCGCACCCUAAAUACGACUACACUUACUCCGUGGCUGACCCUCACACCGGUGACCACAAGUCCCAGCACGAGAUCCGCGACGGUGACGCCGUCCACGGCUCUUACUCUCUGCUCCAGCCUGAUGGCUCCGUGCGCACUGUCGACUACACCGCUGACGACCACACCGGUUUCAACGCCGUAGUGCACAACACCGCCCCCGCUGUCCACCCCGCGCCCGCGCCAUCUCAUGAUAUUUCAACGAUAGCAACCCACGUUAAGGAUCAUCAUUACUACUUAAACCAUACACACAAAAUGUUCAGCAAAAUUGUAGCCUUCGGCGCUUUGGUAGCGGCCGCAAACGCUGGUCUUCUUGGAUACGGACAUGGCGCGGCAGUGUCCUCCCAAAACAUAGUGCGACAUGACGCUGGACACUCAUAUGCUCCUGUUGCCCAAGCCUACGCACCCGCUGCCCACGCUUACGCGCCUGUUGCCCACGCCGUACAAUACGCACCAGUUGCCCACUACGCUGCCCCUGCUGCUGCAUACAGUGGUCAUGACUACUAUGCUCACCCCAAAUACGACUACACUUACUCCGUGGCUGACCCUCACACCGGUGACCACAAGUCCCAGCACGAGAUCCGCGAUGGUGACGCAGUGCACGGCUCUUACUCUCUGCUCCAGCCUGAUGGCUCCGUGCGCACUGUCGACUACACCGCUGACGACCACACCGGUUUCAACGCCGUAGUGCACAACACCGCUCCCGCCGUCCACCCCGCGCCCGCGCCCUCUCAUGGCUACCAUCAUUACUAAAUUUAAUCAUUAAUUUAUUUAUAACAUGUGCAAUGA